AUGUACCCCGAAAAGUUCCUCACCUCAAUUAAAAAAAUCUCCGAAAAUGUCGUCACAGUCUCUUGUGCCUUCAAGGUCUUAAACAGACUCGAUGUUGGAAACAGAAUGUCUCUCAUUAAUUGCGAUGGACAAGUGGUUGUGUUCUCCCCCAUCAAGUACGGUGACUAUUUCCAAGAAGCGCUCAAACUCUUGGGCGCUUCGAACAUUGCAUACAUCGUUGUCGUCAAUUGCGAACACAACGUUGCCGCCAAGGAGUAUGCCGAGAACUACCCGGAGGCAAAGGUCGUUUGUGGAGAGGGCUUUGCACCCAACCAAAAAUGGAAACCAGAUUUUGUUUUCAACAAAGAAGCAGGAAACAGAUUACUUAAUGACUACCUCUUGGAAGAGCAUUUUUCGUUCGAAUGGCCCGCCUCGCUAGAGAUCUUGUACUUAAAGUACCUGAAGAACAAGGAGCUUGUUUUAUAUGAAACGGAGUCAAAGACGCUCUUUGUGGGUGACAUUUUGCUCAAUAUCGGUACCGUUGGAGAGAACGGGUUUGAGCAAUAUUCCCCUGCCACCGGUUAUCCCGAGAAGCACAACCCCUUCACUGGCUGGUCGUAUCCCUUGCGCUUCAUUCAUCCCAGGGGAUUCUUGGGCAGAUAUUUCAACCAGGCUUUGGCCAAUGUGGCCAAUCCAGGUGGUGAGGCGGGUAUUCACAUGAUCUAUAACAAGUGGGACUUCAAGACAAUCGUUCCUUGCCACGGUAACAUCAUCACCGAGUAUGCAAAGGAGGAAUUUAAGCUGACAUUCCCUAAGGUCGACUUUACACCUUGGGAGUUAAGGGAUUGA